AUGGUCAAGACUACGAAGGGUAAGCCUUCUAGAAUUACGACCGCAUGCAAUACGUGUCGCUCCAGGAAGCAGAAGUGUAGUGGGGGAAAGCCAGUCUGUCAACAGUGCUUGGAGUAUAAUCGUCCUUGCAAUUGGCCAGAACAACUGAGACGCGGUCCCCCCAAAGGGCAUAUUGAAGCCGUGGAACACAGGUUACAAGUCACAGAGAAUGCGCUAUUGAGACUGCUUUCGCAAGUCUCGAACGCGCAACUGCUGGAGGCCUUCCCUAAGGACUCUCCAUUCGAACGAACAGACCCAUGUGGAUAUGUGCCCCUCUCAAGGAUUGAGAGAAAAGGAAUUGAAGACUGGGCACAAUUCCCUCUUGAUAAGGCCGACAAUAUUCGGAAAUGGCAGAAAUUCUGUGUUGACCAGGGUGCGACUAGUCCCCCACACCAAGUAGUGGGUAACAUACAUUCUCCCAGUCGCUCGAGCUGUCCCAGUGGCCAAAACCGAAAGAAUUCGGCACUUCAAGGGUCAAGCAACCGGCCCUUUGAAGAGCGUGUCGAGUUUUCAGGCGCGUCCAUUUCUCUUCAAGGGCCUCAGUCAUGGUCUACAUCUCCAACAGCUCUUCAACGGGCCCAAGAGCGGCCCACCGGUCCUCAACAAGCACGGAAAGACCCAAAUGCCAAUGCAAGUGAAGACUAUGAGGUUGACACCGCUGACAGCGGACCUUAUCCACUGAUUGGGGAAGAUAGAGCUAUUACUGUGUCGACAAGUAGCUCCUGGAAUGGUGCACCCUCUCUCAACUUCCAGCAAAGGUUCCUUUGGUAA